CGGUCGGCGGCGCUCAGUCUCGUCGAAACGCUUGCCGAGGAACGUUUUUAGUUUACGCGGCCCUUGCACCCGUGUCGCGUGUCUCGUGCCCAUCGUUUCUCGUAUUUUCAUGUUCCACCGUGCGCGUUCUCGAUUCUACGUUUCAUCGUUUAGAAACAUCGUGGUGAUCGUGUUCGAAAUCGUGGAAUCUACAUUUUUGGAACAAGCCGUAACCGAUGGGGAAUGACGUUCGAUGGAAUACAAGAACCGUCGGCUUGUAUUGUCGAAGAAUGGCGCGAGGAGGAACUGCGCGUCGGUUCUCCACGCUGAACGACCAGUGCAUCGCUCGCUAUCAGCCGGGAGAGCGUUCGCGGGUCUGAGGAAAUCGGAUCGCGGAAUGGACGCGUCCUUGCCGUGAGAGCUAGUCGGGGAAACGAGAAAAAGGGACAAGGACCGCCGAUUCUUCGACGAGCCCGUCGCGUUCAUCUUCAUCGCGCAUCAUGUUCGGAACGAAAUUGCGCACGUGGAUGGAGGCGCAUAUUGUGCGAUCGAAAAAGAAGAAGGAUCGGAAGAAAGGGGAGAAGGGAUGCGAUUCGAACUGCAACUCGCCCCGGAACUACGGGCCGAAUAGGUCUCCCGCGUUGCAUCAAGUUCACCCAGUAGAUUCGUUGUCGAAGAGCGUGGACGGGAUUCGAUUGGCGGAACGCGGCCGGUGCGGUACGGCGACCGCGUCUUCGGCCACGUCCGCUGGCACUGGAAGUGUGAACCUCUCGUCGCCGGAAAGCGCUUACAGUACCGGAUACUCGACGGACGGUACCUCCCCUGGUACCAGCUACCCGCCGGAGUAUUAUAUCAAUAUCAGGACCGGCACCCAUUACUUCCAGAGCAACGGGAACGCCGCCACGGCAAACAAUAAUAACAACAACAAUAACAACGCGAGAUCAAAGAGAUCGAUCGACGCGGCGGAUGGCUCUGGACGCGGGCAUGGAAGGUUCCAAGCCAACGUCGAACCGUCUACCUCCGGCACCGCGUUUGCUUCCGGAAACGUGACUAUGGAUAAUAAGCUGUCGAAAGACGUUAAUAGCACUCCGAGCAAGGUAAUAUCCGAGUCGCAGGAGAAUUAUCAUCGACGGACAGAGUCGUUCUCGGCGGAAUCGUCGCGAAGCAAUCUGGUCGGAGGACCACCGUCUUCCAUUCCACCGCCUUUGCUCUCACCAUCGGUUCAGUCGCCCCGCGAGCGAUCUCGCAUCCGUACGAAUCCGUGGCUGUCGGCGAACUCCUCUGGGUCCAGUACCGCCGGUUUCAAAUCGAGGCUGAACCUCGACGACACCAGCAGCGGUUCUGGGUUGAAGUUAACGGAGUCCUCCGGAAGCGCCAGCGACGUGAACGCGAGCAGCGUGAGGGAGGAACGGAUCAGAAGGGAGUUCAAGCAAGAGAGUCUCAGCGCUGGAAGGAGUCCGAUAAACCAAAAUUGGAAAAUAGCGUCCGGCAUGGAGAUACGACCAAAGAUAGCUCUGUCCGUGCAACGACGCAACAGCAGUAGCAGCAGUACUAGCACCAGCAGCGCGAGCAGCGCCAGUAAUAAUAGCAGCGGUAGGAACAAUAGCGGUAGCAGUAGCAACGCCGCUAGCAGUAACGAGAACGAAAAUAGGAACGGGAAUGAGAAUGGAAACGAGAAUGGGAAUGGAAACGGUUCGGGUUCGUCCGUGUCGUCAGUGACACGAAGCGCUCGCUCGUCAGAAGACGAUAUAACGUUGAACGAGAUGAUGGGCAAAUUCGACGAGAGCUACGUUUACGAGAAGGAGACCGAUAUUUUGUCUGACAGCGACCCGACCGACUGCGAGGAUUACAUCGAAUCUCUAUCGGACGUGGACCCUGGCCAGGACGCCGGGGACGAGAACGAUCCCCUCGAUAACGACGACUUCGACUACAUUGACAAUGGUUCUAUCUUGGACCUGGAGAACCUCGACUGUGCCGGUCGCUUCACGAACACCGGACACUGCACUUACUUUGCAUUCACGGGAGAGUUCGCUCGACGGAGCAGCAAGCUGCGUGAGACUCUGAUGAAACGUAGGAACAAGGACGACGCGGCGAUGCUUCAAAGAACGAUCAGCGUGAAGACUACGGUGAAAAGGCAUAAGAAACCGGAGGAGAAACAGUCUGGCGAGAAGCGGAAGAAGAGAUCGUCGCAACGACGAAAAUUGAAUUUCGACAAGCACGAUCCCAGUAUUCUCGGGAUUCCCGAUGGCCAUGACGACGAAACGGCGAAUUUGAAUCGCGUUUUAGUGGAGAGGAUGCUGCUGAAGAAUUCGGGGUUCAAUCAGGGUAGCAGAAGCGUCGGUGGAACACCGAUCUGCCUGCGUCGCAAGAAACAUGAUAUUAAUAAAAAUUUGUCGCCGUUGCUCGCGAACAAUGAUCGAUCAGUGAUUAUCCGAACCGCUGCCGGAGACGAUGACAUCGAGACGAAGAGACGCUCGAACUCGGUGAGCUAUGUGAAUGGAAAUCUGAUGAGGCGACGGAACAUCGCUGGCAACCCGUACAUGACCACGUUCGCCUCUGAAAUGGCGUUGAUCGAAGCGGACAAGGAAGCUGAUAAAAAGUACCGAGAGUUGAUUCUCGAGGCGGAAAAUAUUCUAGUGAACAUGCAGAAGAAUCAAAACAGCGUUCCUAUCGUGCCGUCGCCUUCCCGAAAGCUUCACAACGGACUGACGAACAAACGAGUCGAGCUGAUCAAGAACACCGAAUUAAAUAUCGAGCUCGCCCUCUCCAAGAGCAGAAACUCUCAACCGGAACUGCAGAGUGGUAGCAUCAAAGACAUCGAGCACACCAGCCCCAAGAGGCAGCAGUUCGCCGCUCAACCGUGUUCUCCCAUGCGCCGCUUCGCCGAGUUUAGGUCAGCGAAUUCCUCGCCGACACCUGUUGGAUCGUCGUUCCCGCUGAAUCCGAUCAAGUGCACGGUCGAAUCUCCGCUCGCCUCGAGGAGAGCCCCGAGCCUGUCAUCGCCCGAUAGAAGUCUCUUUCGAUGCGCUCGACCGAUUAUUUACGAUCACGAGGAGUACGACGGACAGCGAACGAUGACUCCGCCGUUUAACGAUCUUCUGAAUCCAGACGCGGACCGAUUGAUUUCGCGAUCUCAGAGUCCUUUCCUCGCGAAUAGAUCACGCGUCGUUUUGCCGAACAGAGAUUCUAUGUACGGCGUGAACCGACGAGAAUUCCGUGUCGCAAGAUCAUCGAACGUCCUCGGCAAAGAGGAGGGAGUCACGUCCAGUUCGUCAGACUCUGAAGAAAGAUGCGACGUUCGGAGACGGGCACCUCUAAUGACGUUCAGGUCGGUGGACAUGGGUCCCAUCAAGGAAGGGUCGUCUUAUUGCCCUCAAAGCGAGCCGGUGAAACGAAAAGUGUACGCGGGUAGUACCACUUACGGUAGGAUACAGAAGACUCUGGGAGAACACAUUACUUUGAGAAACUCAGACGGAGACACUGCUACCGACGAUACCGACGACUCGAGGAGAUCUUUUAAGGAGAAGGUGGCUAGACUCCGAGAGGAGCGGCUAGCAGCGAAUGCCGGCAUGAUGACUCAAGAUUCACAGAUGUUUCAACAUCAGUUGACGCAACUGCGGAGGCAGAUGUUGAUGCAAACAAUCGAGGGACUGAAACGCAGCCUGGAGGAUCAGUCUGCGACUCUGAAGCAGACAUGCUUCGAACCGGUAAUGAACGAUCGAUUGCCUUGAAUCACCGAAUGAGAAUAUGAAAAGAAUCUACAGCCUCCUCGCAGUUUGCUCGUUAUUAACGGUUAAAGAAAGACGUCGAGCACGUAUAAAUGUAGCGUGACACAGUCGCGAGAAUUUUUUCUCUAUUAAUUUCGUACCAUAUUACGUGCAUAUGUAACAUCCUCAAAAACGUCGAGACGAUAUAAACACUGAUUAAUCGGCGUGGUUCAGCCAAGUUCGCGUAUAUUGUUAAAAAUGAACAUCGAUCUACUGUUCUGCUUGUUCGUUUCGAAGAUACGCGAAUCUAAAUUACGGAUAUUGUUCUCUGCUCAACGAGUUAAAUACGUUAUUACGAUUAAGACGAUUCUGGUGAAUCCUCGCCACUUUUUUUUACAUUUGCGUAUUUUCUUCUCUGUUCAACGAUCAAAUGUUUCACGUAUCUGUCACGGGCCUAUUCGCGGACUAAGUCUCCCACCCGGGGAAAAUAGAAAACGUGCCAAACUCGUUUCGAUGACCAACGCCGAUGGUCCCAAAUUUUUUGUACAUACACGCGGAUAAACUCGGAAUGUUCCUAUUUCGUACUUGAUAUUUCCGAAGGGGGAGAGAGAGAGAGAGAGUCGAGGGCGAGGAAAAAUUAGCAGCAACGUUCUCGUCGAUUCUAUCGGUGGAAACAGGCAUUUCCCAUUAGUAUACCAAAGAUAAUAGCCUAGCACAGUAGUGUAGGACCGUUUAGUUGAUCCGAUGUAUGCUACAUAGACGUUCGUAAUGUUAGGAGAGCUACUGUUAGAACGUUUUUCCUCUAAGUUAUACAUGUAGAGAAAACGACGUGACGCGUGGAGAAAUCGUCGAUGAACCUUCUUCCAUGCUCGUCGCGGUCGAAUCUCCCGGCUCGAAGAGCUCUUCGUCGUCGAGAAUCCGAUCGCGGCGGCUCAUAGCAGUACUAGACGCAAUACUCUUCAGUCAAGGUGAUAUUUUUGCGAGAAUAGACUGAUAGCGUUAUCGAUAAUAUAUUGUUAGCCUUAAGCGUCUCAUGAGGAUUAUUUCCAUGUGAUUCAUAUGUUCGAAGUGGUUCUCUCAAAGGCAGAGGCGACGAUUCGUAGUACGCACACGAUAUUUAUGUUUGUGUUAGAUGUGCUAGAGAUCAUAGUAAAGGAAACUGUUAGAGACAAAUAGAAGUAGCAAAUUACUAUUUAGUAUAAUUAGCUAGCUAGCCGGUUUAUCGAGUCGACUAAACUAUAUAGUAAUAUCGUUUAUUUCGAUGACUAUACCCCCUUGUGAUUAUGUUUCGCCCGUUUCAUUCGAAACUGUGAUUGCAACUUUCUUAGCCAGUUUUUAGAGUUAUCGCCGUAACGCGCGUGGAAAACACUCGCGUGUCUCUCGUGGUUCCACAGCGGACCACGGCCGGCUCAGGUCAAUUCGUUCAAAACUUUUAUACUCGAUACGUGUAUAUAUACAUAUACAUACAUACAUAUAUAUUUAUAUAUAUAUUAUAUGUAUACAUUUAGUUUUUCAUC